AAGAUUAAUGCGCAUUUGAUUUUUUACACCUGCAAAAGUUGAAAAAGUAAAAGGAAAGGGAGUUAACAGUGGUUAACAGUUCCAGAGGAGGAAUCCCUUUGCUUAAUCAAAAAUGACUUCAUGGCGCUCAUUGUGGGCCGUGCGCUUUGCGCGCGCACAAAUUCCCAUUUCCAAUUUGUGCGCGCAUCGGGCCUGUUUGCUGCGGAUUAAACUGCCCAAAGGUGGGGCAAAAGAAAGAGGGGAAAAAAGUGCAGGUUCUUCGUUGUGGACUAGAGUUUAAUCCUUUGAGCUUGCGGGAGUCAGACGCAGAGGGGAUGGUCUUUACUGUCGGAUUUAGUGCAUUUUCUGCGGAGCUGAUGCCCUCAGAAGUAGCAUUUGACAACGCCUGGUUAAAAGUGACGACCGGGCGUCCCAGGACAGUUUGAUGGCAAUUAUAAAGACAGGCUUUCUCAUCCUCAGGGGACAGACAUGCUGCGCAAACUUGUGCUGCGCAUCGCUUUAGCAGCAAGCCUGCUUUUAGAGCUUCCUGGCUCCACAGCAACCACAAAAAAGUCUCAAGUGAAGAACAACUCGGGUGUGACACCAGCUGGAGAAUGUGGAACCUGGAUAAAGGAGCCUGAUGGAGGGUAUUUCACCUCUCCCAACUACCCAGAGAAAUACCCCCCUGAGAGGGAAUGCAUCUACAUCAUAGAAGCCUCACCCCGACAGUGCAUUGACCUGUUCUUUGAUGAGAAAUACUCCAUCGAGCCAUCCUGGGAGUGCAGGUUUGACCACAUUGAAGUACGGGACGGCCCGUUUGGCUUCUCGCCCAUCAUCGGUCGCUACUGCGGGCAGGAAAGCCCCACUUACGUUCGCUCCAGCGGGAGGUACCUGUACAUCAAGUUUGUGGCUGAUGGAGAGCUGGAGGCCAUGGGUUUCUCUGCCAGGUACAACUUCACUCAAGAUCCUGAGUUUAAAGAUCUUGGAGUGCUGCCAACUUUGCCAAUUUGUGACUUUGAGCUGAGUGGACCAGAAGGCUUUGUGGAAUCGGCUCAAAUAACCAGAGAUGGUCGGGCUGGGACCACUGAUGCUGUUGACUGCAGGUGGUACAUCAGAGCCCCGCCGAAAUCCAGGAUCUACAUGCGUUUUCUGGAGUACGAAAUGCACAACUCAAAUGAGUGCAAACGUAACUUUGUUGCCAUCUAUGACGGCAGCAGUUCGGUGGAGCAUCUGAAGAACAAGUUCUGCUCCACAGUGGCCAAUGAUGUCAUGCUGGUGUCCUCGCUGGGUGUGGUCAGGCUGUGGGCGGACGAAGGGAGCAGAAAGAGCAGAUUCAAAAUCCUGUUCACAACUUUCCAUGAACCUCCAUGUGAAAGAGAAACUUUCUUUUGCCACAGCAACAUGUGCAUCAACCACACUCUAGUCUGCAACGGCGUUCAGAACUGUGUUUACCCAUGGGACGAGAACCGCUGCAAAGAGAAACGAAAAGCCAGUAUUCUCGACACAUUGGACAACACUAACCUGACUAUUAUCGGAGUUACCUGUGGUCUGGUUGUCAUCCUGUUGAUCAUAUCAGUUAUCAUCCAAAUCAAACAGCCCCGCAAAAAAUAUGUUGUUCGCAGAGAUGACUUUGACCCUGCCCUCCUCCAACCUGGUUUUGAACCUCCACACUAUGAGCUGUGCACUUUGCGCCGUGCCCCUUCUGGCGACCUGGCUGAUGCCGGCCUGGCAGAGGACUUUGACAAGUUCCACAAACUCCGACGCUCCGAGAGCAAAUGCAUCCGGGACCACCACUGCGGUUCUCACCAUGGAAGUCUGGCUGGCAGCAUCCACGGCAGCCGCAGCAAUCUGAGCCUGCGGGAUGCCACGAUUGCACCUGAUGGGGGUUCUCUUGUGCCUCCACUAUCACCAGUGAUGGUGGGACAGCUGUCUCCACAUCUGUCCCACCAGAAUACACCAGCGGGUCGGCGGAGCAUUCUAGUGAUAAAGCACAGCUACUCACAGGACGGGCCAGAAGGGUACAGGGGGGAGGAAGAGGAUGAUGAUUUGAUGGUAGAAAUUGGUCACCCCAACAGUCAGCAUCACAUGCACCACCAUCAGACCCAUCAUGGCAUAUCAGGCCUGGACCACACUGUGCAUCGCACACUGUCAAAUGAUUUCUGAUUUACUGUGGAAUGACAUGCAACUUCAGUAGUAAUAAUAAUUAAAUUGGCUUCUUUAUCUUAAGUUUAGUGUACUGAAUUGUGCCAGAAAAUAACAAAAAAAACAACAACACACUCACACAUACAAAAAAAAAAA